AUGUUCGGCCCGAGCGUCGUUGGCGCUGCCACAUUUGCCAUACAACUCCACGAGCAGAUUAUCUGCUUUAGGGCUGACUGGCACGAGCAACCAACGCCAAAGUCGAGCUCGUCGAUCUGUCCAACCGCAGUCUUCACCUUUGCAGAUUCUCUCAGCGAUGGCGGCAACCGCGACAUUGAAGCCGGUGGCGGCAAGACCCUAUCGGGCAGGUACCCAUACGGGAUCACCUACGGGAAGCCCACUGGACGCUACUGCGACGGGCUCGUCAUCCCCGACCUCCUGCUCCAGAAGCUCCGCCUCGACAACCUUGGAACUCCCAGCCUCAAGUACAAUGGCACCGAGUUCGAGAGCCUCAACUUUGGAUACGCCGGAGCCACGGUUGACGACUUCGUGCGCCACCAGGAGUUUGUCGUGGGUCGAUAUGGUCGCCAGGCGAGCAAACCAUGGUACGAGAAUGCACUCUACUCGGUCGAGAUUGGAGGGGACGAUAUCAACUUUGGUUUGCCACUGGGAGGCGGCUACGUGAUCAACGUCACCAUCCCGGCCGUGAUCCAAGGCCUGGCCGAUGGAAUUCAGAAGCUAUAUGCUCACGGAGCUCGUCAUGUUGUGCUCUACAACAUGCCCUGUGCCGAUUGCUCUCCAAACUAUCUCCAAUCUUUCCAACAGUACCCCGCUGGUACAUUCCACUAUGAAAAGGAUGGUUGCAUUGUUGAGAUUGCCCAGAUUAUCUCCUACUUCAACACCAACAUCCAGAGGCUGACGGAGGAGCUGACGCAAAAAUACCAGGGUCUCACUGUGUAUUAUUUCGAUUGGUUUGCAGCAAACACCUAUGUUUUGGAGAAUAUGAAAGAGUUUGGCUUCACGAACUCGCUCCAGUCAUGCUGCGGUGGAGGUGGCAAGUUUAACUGUGAUGGUGAGGGUCUUUGCGGGUGUGCUCCACUGAACCAGACCAAUGCUGUUUACACGGUGUGUAAGGAUCCCAGCAAGUAUUUCACUUUUGAUGGCAUUCACACAGAGCACUUUUACGAGAUCAUGUCCGAAUAUAUCAUGGCUGGAGAGUACAUCACACCAAAGGUGAAGCUGGAAAUGGGUUGCAAGAUCGUCACUGUACCAGAAAGUCCUCUUUGA